AUGACAACGUUGCAAACCCCAGCGCGACGCCUCUUUAACAAGUUUUUUUUUUCUUUUUUUAAGAUCCUCGAAAUCCUUUUGCUCUCCAAAAGUGAUCCAGCAAAGCUAAGGACCCCGGCGGUGGGGAGUCUGACUGGGAAAGCGAGGCUCGGGGCCGGAACGCGCCCGGUCCGCCUUGCCAAGUGGCACAGGAAGCGCAGGGCACCGAGGCGGCCGGAGGACCCGGCGAGCGCCUGCCUUACCUGGUUUGACUGGUUUGGGAGGCGGCUUCGACAUCUCGCUUCCUGGAGCGGUGACUCCCAAAGACCCCAACGAGAAAAGCCAACCGGUCGCCCAGUCAGCCUGCACUGCGGACGCCCCCAAAGUUUCUUUUUGUGUGAUUGGCAGACCCAGCGCCUCCAAGGACCUGCGCCCAGACUCGGCUGCGCGAGGAACGGACGCGGUCAGAGCGGCCGGGCCCAGCGCUCCGCCCCGGCCCGCCCCGCCCCGCCCGCGGCCGGAGCCCUCCCGGGCGCGCGCCGGGCCGACGAGGAAGUGGCCGCCGGCUCGCCGCGCGCUAAUUGGCUCCCAGGGUGGCAGCUUCGCCGCGGCUCGGAGCGCGGGGCGGCGCGCACGGCGGCGGGACCAGCAGCGACCGGGCGAGGGCGCUGCAGACACGCGCCAGGGCAGGUCUGGCCGCGCGCACCCGCGACGGAAGGGGGCCGGAGCCUUGCGGGAGCGCGCGCGAGGCCACGCUCCCCGGAGCCCCGCCUCAGUCCCGCCCCGUCGCGGACUGCAGCUGGCCGCAGCGUCGGACCCGGGUGGGCAGGGGCGCCUUCGGGGGCCGCCCCUACCUGGCCUGCUUCCUACCUGGGCGGAGCGCGGGGGAAGGCGGUGGGGAGUGGCGGGUCAGCGCCAGGCGCGCACUUGUCCGUCGCCUCUGCAGCGCUGCCGCGGGAGACGCGAGCCGGAGCCAGCGUGACCAAUGGUGGGAAGACAACACUGGCUAAGAGAUUGCAGAAACACCUGCCAAAUUGCAGUAUCAUAUCCCAGGAUGACUUCUUCAAGCCAGAAUCUGAGAUAGAGACAGAUAAAAAUGGAUUUUUGCAGUAUGAUGUGCUUGAAGCGCUGAACAUGGAAAAAAUGAUGUCAGCUGUUUCUUGCUGGAUGGAAAAUCCAAGACACACUCAGCAAUCGACAGACAGGAAUGAGGAAAUCUCCAUUUUAAUCAUCGAAGGUUUCCUUCUCUUUAAUUAUAAGCCGUUUGAUCCUAUAUGGAAUAGAAGCUAUUUUCUGACCGUUCCCUAUGAAGAAUGCAAGAGGAGGAGGAGCACAAGAGUUUAUGAGCCUCCAGACCCCCCUGGGUACUUCGAUGGCCAUGUGUGGCCCAUGUACCUAAAGCACAGACGAGAAAUGGAGGACAUCGCAUGGGAAGUUGUCUACCUAGAUGGGACAAAAUCUGAAGAGGACCUAUUUUCACAAGUAUAUGAAGAUCUAAUACAAGAACUAGCAAAACAAAAGUGUUUGCAGGUAACAGCAUAAGGAUGCAACGCAGCAAACCCUUUCUGAGGUGAAUUAGGAAACUCGAAAUAUUUAAGAUCCUUAACCAAGGUGUGCUAUGUACUGUGGUACAGUGAUUUUGUAUGAUUUUUCUAUCACACAUGGUUUCUGCAACAGCUAGUACAGGAAGUAUCCAUCCCAAUGGACAGGAAUCCAGUAAUGAGCUGCUUGCUCUCACUGUAAGUGGUACAUCGGCAUAGCACAGCUCAUAAACAAGGAGCAAGCUCCUCUAUAACAAUGACUGCUAAACUUUUCUGACUGGAACCCAGAGUAAGAAAUGAGCAUUACAUCACAAUCCAAUCUAUAUAUAAUCCAGUGUAUGUGUGUUUAUGUAAUGCAUAUAUGUGUGUAGGUCUGUAGCUACAUAAGGAUCUUGUAAAAGUUCAUGGAAAAUAUGUAUUAUAAAAACUAUGUGCAAAUUUAAGCAUUUUUCUAUACCAAAAUAUACUUAUAUUUUAAUCCCAUCUUUCCUUGAAUUUUCUGAAGUACUUUGUAUGUAUGUGUACAUAUACACACAUCGGGAGCUACAAAAUGUUGGCCUUAUAUAUUAUGCACUAAUUUUUUUCUAUUUUUAAUUUUUAAAAAUAUUGAUUACACCCACUUGGUUUGGAAAAUGCUGCUCCCUACCAUCCCACACCAAUGCUCGCCAUUUUCAAAUUACCGGGAGUAGCAGUCACACUGAAUAAAGUACCUGUUUACUACAGGUUUUUAUGUGUUUUGCUGUAUUUUCCUUUGCAUUGUAUUUUAAUACCAUUGUGUCUCUUAUGCUGAGACUUUCCCACAAAUAGAGGAAUUUUCCUGUGUUUCAUUUUGUUUUUGUCAAACCAAUGGCUUAAUAUAAAAAUAGACAGUUAUUCCAGUCAGUAAUAUAGGGGACUUUUCUUUGAAAAGCAUGAGCAGACAUUCUGAAUUCUGUGACUUCUUGAUUUUUCUUUCAAUAUUGGAAUUUAAACUAUGUAAAUAUCAACCUUUUCUUUGUUAAUAAAAGAUUUUCUACAGCCAUCUCAAUCUUUAAAAAAAUAAAAUAUAAUUUUACAUUAUCAUAAAA